AGCCCGCUACCCUUUUCUUUCCUUGCCCUUCUCUCUCCUCUUUGUUGCCAUCAGUUUUCUUUGAUUUGUUGAUCUGCUUCACAGGCAUACCUGCUCUGAUCUUCUUUUCUUCACCUUUCUCUAGUUCAUCGAUCGCCGACAAACAAAGAGAGAGAAGGAAUACCGUAGAAAGAACUAAGUUUUUCAAAUGUUUUUCUUUUUUCAAUGAGAUAUGGAUGCUUGGAGAUGACCACUGUUUUUUGAGGAGGAAGAGAGAGAAAAGUAGAAAAACAAAUUACUGAUUUUUGUGAUUUGGGUUUUGUUGAAGUGGCUUAGAUUUGAUAUGGGUGGGUGUUUUCCAUGCUGGGGAUCAUCCAACCAAGCUGGGAAGUCUGAAAAAGAGGCAGCUAACAAGGAAGGUGGGAAAGAAAGCUCAAUUCUACAGUCUCAUCAACUGGGAAAAGUUAAUUCAGAUAAAUCAAAGUCUCGCAAUGGUCCCGAUCCAAAGAAGGAGCCAACACUUUCUAAGGAUGGCUCAACUGCUCAUAUUGCUGCACAAACAUUUACAUUCCGGGAGCUUGCAGCUGCCACAAAAAAUUUCAGACCAGAGUCCUUACUGGGUGAAGGAGGUUUUGGGCGUGUUUACAAGGGGCGCUUGGAGAGCACUGGACAGGUUGUUGCAGUUAAACAACUGGAUCGAAAUGGACUUCAAGGAAAUAGAGAAUUUUUGGUUGAGGUUCUUAUGCUUAGUCUCUUGCACCACCCGAACCUGGUCAAUUUGAUUGGAUACUGUGCUGAUGGUGAUCAACGGCUUCUUGUAUAUGAAUAUAUGCCGUUGGGAUCAUUGGAGGAUCAUUUACAUGAUAUUCCCCCAGGCAAAGAGCCUCUUGACUGGAACACACGUAUGAAGAUUGCAGCUGGUGCUGCCAAGGGCUUAGAAUAUUUGCAUGACAAAGCAAAUCCCCCUGUUAUAUACAGGGAUUUAAAAUCAUCCAACAUCCUACUCGAUGAGGGAUAUCAUCCUAAGUUAUCAGAUUUCGGACUAGCCAAAUUGGGUCCUGUUGGAGACAAAACUCAUGUCUCUACACGAGUCAUGGGCACGUAUGGUUACUGUGCUCCUGAAUAUGCUAUGACUGGCCAACUCACGCUGAAGUCUGACGUGUACAGUUUUGGAGUAGUUUUUCUUGAACUCAUCACAGGGCGGAAGGCCAUUGAUAACACUCGGGCACCUGGCGAGCAUAAUCUCGUUGCUUGGGCACGCCCACUUUUCAAAGAUCGUAGGAAAUUUCCUAAAAUGGCAGACCCUCUGCUGCAGGGUCGUUAUCCGAUGCGAGGUCUUUACCAAGCUCUUGCAGUUGCAGCAAUGUGUCUACAGGAACAAGCUGCUACCAGGCCUCUUAUCGGGGAUGUUGUGACCGCUCUUACAUAUUUGGCAUCGCAAACCUAUGAUCCAAAUGCACCGAACAGUCAUAGCAAUAGAGGGGGACCCUCCACUCCCAGGAGCCGAGAUGAGCGGAGAAGCUAUGGUGAUAGUCUAGAUAGUCCAGAUAGACGUGGAGCCCGUCUUAGUUCUCCUUCCACUCAAAGGAAUUCUCCAGAUUUCAGAAAGAGAGAUCAUAAUCGAGAAUUGAGCACAGGUGCUGAGUUAGGCAGGAGUGAAAUGGGGGGUGGGUCAGGGAGGAAAUGGGGCCUGGAUGACCUAGAAAGACAGGAAUCACAAAGAGGCAGUCCUGCUAGUGCAGGGAGAACACCAAGAAACCGAGAUCUAGAUAGAGAACGUGCAGUCGCGGAGGCUAAAGUAUGGGGUGAAAAUUGGAGAGAGAAAAAACGGUCAAAUGCAAUGGAUAGUUUUGACAGCUCAAAUGAGUAGCUGAACCUGAAUUCGACCAUCACAAUUUGCUUGAGGCAGAGAAAAAACGAUCAUCAUCUUCGUGAGAUUGAUAAAGAAAUGAGUCUGUGGAUGUCUCAUCUUUUAUAACUGUCAUUUUUCCACCAGCAAUUAGCGUAUGUUCUUGUAUCCCACCUUCAACUGUUGGUUGUUCAGUGAGGAUGGAACAAAAUGUGUAUGUUUUGUGGUUUAGAAGAUGGUGAUACAGUUGAAUGAUCGAGUAGCAGAGGGUUUAGCAUCUGUCAAUGAUUGUGAGCAUUGACAGGUUUCUCUGUCCUCAAAUGUUUUUAUGUAUUUAGGGUUUAGGAAGUACAGUGUAGAGGAGCCACUUUGGAAAGGUUGCUUAAAUCUACGUCCCCAUUACAUUAUCGGCAUAUUGGGGAGAGACACAGCUGUUCAGGUUUUUCCGGUGUCUCAUUGCUCUAUCAUUACAUCCUUGUAUUAAGUACAGUUUUUUUUUUUUCUCUUUCAUCUCCCUACAAAUUUAUGAGUCAGUCAUGUUUCCGGCAUAGCAAAGUGUGGCGGUGUAACUCUGCUUCCAUGACAACCACCCAUAUAUCAGCUGCAUGUCUGUACUAUUUAUGCAUAUAUUCUAUGUUAUUGGUUGAGUUGUUUGCAUUGCA